GGGAGCCAGCGCCCUUCCGACCAAUGGCCCGUGCGCAUGGCCAGUGAGUGGCACAGGACGGACCAAUAAGAGCGCGCGGAGCCUUGAGUGACGCGCGGCCCGGCCUAUGGGCGGCUGCCGGGGCGCGGUGGCCGUAGUGCGAACCAUGGGAGGCGGCUGGUGGUGGGCUCGGGCCGCCCGCCUGGCCCGGCUCCGCUUCCGGGGGCCGCUGCUGCCGCCUCCGCGGCCCCGGAGCGGGGGCACCCGGGGGUCCUUCGCCCCCGGCCACAGUCCGCGCGCCGGGUCUUCGCCGCCGCCGAUGUCCGAGCUGGACCGCGCGGACGCCUGGCUCCUCCGGAAGGCGCAUGAGACAGCCUUCCUCUCCUGGUUCCGAAAUGGCCUCCUGGCCUCAGGCAUUGGGGUCAUCUCCUUCAUGCAGAGCGACAUGGGCCGGGAAGCCGCCUACGGUUUCUUCCUCCUGGGCGGCCUGUGCGUGGUGUGGGGCGGCGCCUCGUACGUGGUGGGCCUGGCUGCGCUGCGGGGCCCCAUGCAGCUGUCCCUGGGCGGCGCGGCGGCGGGCGUGGCAGCCGUGCUGGCCGCGGGGUUGCUCUGGGCCUGUGCUGUGGGCCUCUACAUGGGCCAGCUGGAGCUGGACGUGGAGCUGGUGCCCGAGGACGAUGGGACGGCGCCCGCCGAGGGCCCGGACGACGGGGGGCGGCCGCCCCCGGAGUGAGCACGGGCCUGAGACAUUAAAGCUGCCC